AGUACAACGCUGGGUAAUGAGGCAUUAAUGAUGAACUCGUGCAGGAGGAGGAGGAUGUUGCAGCGGUGGAACAGCCUCGUUCCUCUGCUUCGCCCUGAGACUCGGUCCAAAAUAAACCAGCUUCAGAACAAAACAUAAAAAAAAGAAAGAAGCCUGAAUGCUUUGGAGACACGUCAUCCAGCGGAAGUCAUUAAGAAGGAGGAGAAGAUGCAUUUGUUCACUUAAUUCCAACGACAACAGCCCAGUGAGAUCCUGUGUCUCACGCUUCACAUUCACUGUUUCUCUCCCUUUUUCUCCCCCCCCUUUUUUCCAUCUAUCCUCUCAUCUCCUCCUCAUCACAUCUUCUUCCUUUCCUCCCCCAUUCCACCUCCUCUCCCCUCAGAGUGUCUUUAUCGUCCUCUCGUCUUCUGUCAUUCUGUCUCUCGCCUCCCCCUCUUAUUUUCUCUUUUAUCUCUCCCUUCCUUUUUCUCCUCCUCACUUUCUCCUCUUCUUUCUUCUGCUUGAUGUUCACCCUUUCCCCUCUUUAUAUACUUCUCCUCUAAUUCUCUCUUCUUCCCAUGUUUUUUAAACUCCUCUUCUCUCCUCUCCUCUCAAUAUUGCCUCCUCUUUUUUACCCCCCCCCCCCCCAAUUUUUUUCUCAUAUUCUCUUAUUUCAUCUUCUCUAUUUUUCUUCUUCUCUCAUCCCCCCUUAUCUCACCUCACUUUUAAAUCUCUCCUAUUUUAAUCUCACCCUUUUCUCUCAUAUCCUGUUUUCCACAUCUGCUUUCUCAUCUCGUCUAUUUUCUUCAUGCUCUUAUUUUCAUCCUUCUUCUCCUCUCUCCUCACUUUUUCCUCUUCCCUUUCUUCUCUCCUAUUUUCUUAUCACACUUUCCCCCUUUCAUCCUUUCCUUUCCCUCUUUAUAACCUCUUCCCCUCCAUCUCUUUUAUUCCAUCUCCUUUCCUCUUUCUUUUAUUUCCCUCUCCUCAUCCACUGCGGCUCUUUUCCUCUCAUCACUUUUCUCCCUCUCCCUUCCCCCCCCCCCCCCCUGUUUUUAUCAUUUCCCCUCCUCUCAUCUCUCUGUCAUCUCUCCUGUUUUAUUCUCACCCUUUCCCUCCCUUUAACAACUCUUCCCCGAAUCUCUCCCCACUCUCCUCUCCUCCCUUUGCGCACGCACCCAUCUCUCCCCACCUCCUCGUUUCUCAAUGAAUCCUUCUCCCAGGUUGGACCCCUCCCACUUCGUGUAAGCACUUAAUUGUCAGUCUUGACGAAACUUGCGUGAAAGCUUAAAUACCGUGCGCGCCCCUGUCUUUCUCUGAGGGUUAUCUCUUGUGCGUUAGUGUGUGGAGGUGCCAGUGCGUCUUCUCCUCCUUCUUCCACCUCCUCGUGCGCUUUGGCUCGUUCCGUGCCGCUGACCCAGCAGCAUGCAGGUGUCUGUGGCCCUCCUCGUCUCCAGCUCCGCGCUCCUGCUGCUCCAGGGAUGCUGCUCCGCCGUGAAGGGAUGGAAGGGACUAAAAAACGACGCCACGGAGAUUUUACCGGAGUACCGAGAAAAUACCCGGACGCCCCAACAGGACGCGAACCUUCCGCAGGCGAGCAACGGCCGAAAUAACACUGUGAAUAACCGGGCGAAGAACGGCGGAAGAAACGUAAACGCAGUCUCCUUCAGUGCCGCGGAGCUGAGCUGCAGGGAGCUGCGUUCCACCCGGUACAUCACCGACGGAUCCUGCCGCAGCGCCAAACCCGUCCGGGAGCUGGUUUGCUCGGGCCAGUGCAUGCCGGCUCAUCUCAUGCCAAACACCAUCGUCCGCGGCAAGUGGUGGAGGAGCAGCGCCUCGGACUACCGCUGCAUCCCGGCACACUCCCGGACGCAGAGGGUCCAGCUGCAGUGUCCCAACGGCAACACUCGGACUUACAAAAUCCGCGCGGUCACCUCCUGCAAGUGCAAACGCUUCAGGCCCCACCACAACCAGUCAGAGGCCAAGGAGGUGCCGAAGACGCACCGCGGCAAGAAGCACGGCCGCUCGGCUCAGGACCGGAAAAAGAACAACACGCCGCUGGUGGGAAACUCGUACUGACGCAGCUCGGCAGCAUCUGAGGACAAAAGACUGAAGCACAUUCACACACACACACACACACAGACACACACAGACACACACACACACACACACACACACUACACACACAAACCAACAUAUCUCCUUCAAAUACGGAGGAGAUGCAAGUUUAAAGAGAGCAAAUUCAUAAGCUAAUUGCUGGGCUGACUGUAAGUCAUCUGUUUGUUGUUUCAGCCGCCUGUGAGCAUAUGUGUGAACUUUGCUUAUUUGCAUGAGGGGAUGAGUCGGUGCCCGGGCUCGGCCCGACGGUCACCGGUCAGGAGAUGCAGCACCAUGACGGAUAAUACGAACCAAGUAUCUGAUCACCCCAACAGCUCAGAACCUCCCUGCCCCCCCGCUCUCUCCUCCACUCAAACUGAAUUCAUUUAAACGCUCCCCGAGCCCUCGAGUCCAUCUGUACAAACAUCCAGAGGAUCCAGAGCUCCGCUGCAGCGCCGCUCUGUGAAAAGCUGGAAAGGUGUACCUCCGCUCCAAAUUGGUUGUAAUCCAUCUCCUUUUGGCCGCGGGUGGAGGAGAUGGUGGCAGCUCAGGGGCUCUGGCGGUGGGAUGUUGACAGUCUUGGAGAGACCCGGGCUCCACGCCGCUCCCCGACAACCCACCAAAGGCCUCACUCAUCGGGACAGACCUACCGCACUCUCCACGCUGCAUCAACCCCCCGACCGGGCCUGUCAGUCACUGGACCGGCUUUCCCACGACCAGGCGCCGUGAGUCAGGAGAGCAAGCGAAGCGUCAGAACACCACAGGGGGCGCUGGGCAUUCCGGUGACUCCUCUUAAUUACUAAAUGAGCCCAAUCCGGUGUUGGGAUCUAGGUCAUGAGAAGCCAUUUCCUCCGGCCAGUUUCCUGUUUGCUGGAAUCUCACACAGAAAGCGCACAUGUGUGUAGGAGGCAUCAGAAGAUUGUGCGUGGUCGUGCUGUUACCUCGGGGCAGAGCGCUCUCCAACACGCCCACACUGGAAUUCUCCUGGAACGGGCCGAACAGAGCAGCGAGCGACCGCUCACAGCCAAAUCAAAAAAGAAAUAAAAGAAUUCUGUGUCAGGCUGCAAGAUUCAAGACACCUCCACUCGGCUCUGCUCCCUAAAUAACUCCGACCGGAAAGAUAGGAGCUGAAAUAACCUAAAAAGAAAAACAGAAAUUCAGUUUUGAAUCAUUCUAUCGACUCCUGAAUAAUCCGACAGGAAGAGGAAGUCGGACAAACACGAUCUCCUUCCUCCGACUCCAUGAAGAAUAUUCACCGUGUUUCCACAGAUUGUCACCAGGCCGCUGUUCUGAGAAAUGAUAGCUUCU